AUGGCACCACUCCACCGCCAAACCCCUCCAAAACACAUCGACCGCCGCGACCUCUACACAAACCUAGAAGCACGCAUCCAAUACCUACACUCCUUCCUAGACUUCAGCACGCGCGACAUCGAAGCCCUAACCUCGGGCGCAAAAUACAUCCGCGCGCUCAUCCCAGCCAUCGUAAACAUCGUCUACAAAAAGCUCCUCCAAUACGACAUCACAGCGCGAGCCUUUACCACGCGAUCGACAUCGUACUCAGGCCCAGUCGAUCAAGAAGAAGAGAUGAAUGAAUCGUCGCCGCAGAUUCUGCAUCGCAAAGGGUUUUUGAGGGGGUAUUUGGUGAAACUGUGUAGUGAUCCUUCGAAGAUGGAGUUUUGGGAGUAUUAUAUUUUAGAUAAAGUCGGCAUGAUGCAUGUUAAUCGCGACGAAUCGCAACACUCCCUCCACAUCGAAUACAUCCACAUCUCCGCCACCCUCUCUCUCAUCCAAGAUAUACUCACCUCGGCAAUCCUCUCGCACCCGCGUCUAACCAUGGAUCGUAAGAUCGCCCUCUUAAAGGCGUUGUCGAAGAUAUUGUGGAUCCAGAACGAUUUAUUCGCGAAAUGGUAUGUGCGGGAUGGCGACGAGUAUGAGGGGGAGAGGUUGGUGCCGGAGGUUGAGGCCGAGGGGUGGUUGCAUGGGAAGGAGGUAGUAAGGGGGGAAGAAGAGGUGGGAGGAGGGGAUGAUGGGGAGGAGGAGGAGCAGAUUGAGGAGCGGGGUGGGAGGUGUCCGUUUAAGGAUGUGGAGGUUGGCGGUGCGAAGUUUGUCUGAGAAGAGAUGGAUGGCGUGGUGCGGGGUGAAGGCAUGUAGUUUCUUGCGUGGGUUUUAUCGGGAAUCGAGUUGCGAUUGUUGGUAGAACCAAGUGCCCAGCUCCCGGCAGUUUUCUCGUC